GGAGAGCGCCGAUGAAUAGAGACGCUUUCCUUAGCUUCCUGGAGAAGCAACGCCAGGCUUGACACUGAGUGAUGAUUGUCACGCAGAGAGAGUCGGAAUAAUAACGCGGAAUCAAAUCCACAGAGAGAGGGGAGGAGGGGGCUCAGUCUGUGGAUACCUGCGCGUCUCCACUCCGGCCGCAGGUGCGCUACGGUCCCUCUAAAGGGAGUUUGAUCUGUGAGAGGCAAGUGCGAGAAGAACCAGUCCUGCAGGGAUUAUUUUUCAUUUUCUCGCCAAGUGUCAGUUUUAUUUAUUUAUUUAAUUUAUUCUUGUAGUUAAACUGAAAGCAAACUUUCUCUCCCCUUUGCGCCACCUGCAGUCAUAGUUCAACUCCAGGUCUGACUCCAGCUUCAUUCUGAGCUUUGUAAGUCUGUGGGCUGUUCUUUCAGACCUUUCCUGAGCUCGGAUUACACUGGACAGCACCUCCAGUCUGAAAGGAGAAUUCCUCAAAACUCCCAAGUUAACGAGAAUCGGGAGUCCUUUCCAGUCCAGUCUUUGCUUUAAAACGAGCUGAUGAAGAGAACAAUGUCUGGAUUAUUGCAGCCGCUGUUCAACCUGCCCCGGGAAAGAGGGGAGGAGUGAGGAAAGCAGUAAAAGAAGGGAGGAGGAAGAGGUGAAGAAGGGGGGAAGUCGGCGGCGUUUAGCUGCCGUCCACUAGUUCUUUAACGCCUUUGCUGCCCGGGUUCUCCACUCUCUUUUUACGAGAUACACGAACAAACAUCAAGAGACGCGCGGGGAGGACCUGCGUUCACACCCUGGGCCAGCGGGAGGUGACUGUCAGAAGAAAUGCCGGUCCCAGGUGCCCUAGUACAUCACCACUGGGACCAUGGCAACUCCUUGGCCAAUGAGAAGAGAGAGGUGCUCCCAUGGCUCCGCCUGCCUUGCUAGAUGGUUGGCGUCAUCCUUGAUGCUCCUAUGGUUGCCGUGGAUGUUAUUAUGGCUGCCGUGGCCUACCCAAGCUGAACAGGUGGGACAUGGCGGAAAGGUGCCGCAUGGAUCCCUUUCGUCCCCCUCAUCUUCGUCAUCUUCCUCCUCCUCCACAUCUCCUUCUGGCUCCUCACCAUGGGGUUUUAGCACAAGGCAGAGCGGAGGGCAGCUGGACUGGCUGCUGUCAGAGAAGGGCCCUUUCCACAGGUGUCCUGAGUACACCGAGUUCAGAGAGAGGUUCCAGCAGGGAUUUUCUACCAGAUACAAGAUUUACAGGGAGUUCAGCCACUGGAAGGUGAACAGCCUGGCUACGGAGAAGAGAGAUUUCCUCAAAUCUCCAUUGCCCUUAGCACCAGAGUUCCUACGCAACCUGCGGUUACUGGGCCGACGACCAACCCUGCAGCAAAUCAAUGAAAACCUCAUCAAGAAGUACGGGACCCACUUCUUGGUUACUGCCACCCUGGGAGGAGAAGAGUCUCUGACCAUUUUCCUGGACAAGCAGAAGCUGAAUAAGAAGUCCGAAGGCAACAGCAACAGCUCAGUAGUGUCUUUGGAGCUGCUCCAUCAGCUGGCCGCUUCCUACUUCACAGAUCGAGAGAGCACCCUGAGGCGACUGCACCACCUCCAGAUUGCCACCUCUGCUAUUAAGGUAACCGAAACAAGGACAGGCCCUCUCGGCUGCAGUAACUACGACAGCUUGGAUUCAGUUAGCUCGGUGUUGGUGCACAGCCCGGAAAAUAAGAUCCACCUAAAGGGAUUACAAGAUGUCCUGCCAGAGUUUCUGCGUGGGCGUUUUGUGGAGGCAGCCCUCAGCUACGUGGCAUGCAACUCGGAGGGCGAGUUGCUCUGUCGCAACAAUGACUGCUGGUGCCGGUGCUCUCCUCGCUUCCCAGAAUGCAACUGUCCUUUUGCUGACAUCAAGGUCAUGGAGGAGAACCUGGAAAAGAGCAAAGAGGCGUGGAACAACUUCAACCAAGAGUUCAUGGAAUCAGAUGAAUUCAAAGCCUUCCUGAAGCGAUUGCCCACUGAUCGCUUCCUGAAUGUGUCCAUGAUAGCCAAGCUCUGGUCAGCCGACUUAACCCUCCAAAAACGUUAUGCCCAGCUGGAGGCCAGCACCNNNNGCCUAUUAGCCUUCUUGGUGUUGAUAAUAAGAAAAAUGUAUCUUCUCUUUGCCCACUGCAGGCCUGUUGGGUUUUGGCUGACCAGGGCUCAGUCUCUCCUCUACUGCAAUGAGCAUGGAAUGCUGGGCUCCUUCUCUGAGGAGGUGAUGAGCUGUAGCUGCCCCGUGGAGCAGCCAAACUGCCAAGGAGUCAUCCCCUGUGUUGUAGGGACUUCCACCACCUCCUGCACCCUCUGCGCCUCUGACAACGCCACCCGUUGUGGAGCCUGUCAUCACGGCAACAUCCUCCAUCUUGGUUCCUGUCGACCUAGCAUUGCUGCAUCGCUAGAUCAUUACCUGAACUUUGACUUGGACAUGCCUGAUGCCGAGGUAAAGUACCUGCUUCAGCGACUGGACAGCAGGAUAGAGGUCCAUGCCAUCUAUAUCAGCAAUGAUGUCCGCCUGGGAAGUUGGUUCAAUCCUGCCUGGAGGAAGAGGAUGCUACUAACACUCAAGAGUAACAAAAACAAGUCCAACCUCAUCCACAUGCUAAUGGGCAUUUCUUUUCAGAUAUGCUCAACUAAAAAUUCAACACUGGAACCCGUGCCUGCUGUCUAUGUGAAUCCUUUUGGGGGAAGUCACUCAGAGAGCUGGUUCAUGCCAGUGAACCAGCCUGACUUCUCUAACUGGGAGAGAACUCGACUGGACAGCGUCACCACUGCACAGUGUUACAACUGGACUCUGUCUCUGGGCAGCAAGUGGAAAUCCUUUUUUGAAACAGUGCACAUCUACCUGAGAAGCCGCAUAGUCACGGAUGAUCCAACAGUGAAUGAAACUCUCUUCUAUGAGCCAUUGGACUUGGAUGAUCAGACCUCCAACCUGGGCUACAUGAAGAUCAACACGCUGAAGGUGUUCGGAUACAGCAUGCACUUUGACCCCGAGGGCAUCAAGGAUCUGAUUCUCCAGUUGGACUACCCCUACACACAGGGUACGCAGGAUGCCGCCUUUCUGAUGUUACUGGAGAUGAGAGACCGGAUUAAUCGGCUAUCUCCACCAGCACCACAGCCAUUAGAUCUGUUUUCUUGUCUCCUGCGCCACCGCCUCAAGCUGUCAGCCGGAGAGGUGGCACGAAUCAAGGACUCUCUGCAGAUCUUCAAUUCCAAGCUUCCCAAUGCUUCACCUGAACCUGAGCUGGCCCAGCUCUGUAGCUAGCUAGUUUAGCACAAUCGCCAGGUUCAGGAAUGAUGCUGUUCGUAGAAAGAGGAAUUGCUACUUCAGGGACGACUCUGCUGAGAUGGCCUUUGGACCCGAAUCAUCUGGAUUAACGUACUCUGAAGAAGGUUGAAUUCUUGGCCUUUUUAUGGUCACUCUCAGUUGGUUUUCUGGUGUUUUACCUUUGACAAACAGCAUCAUGUCCUUGACUUUUCGGAGAACGAGGGAUACUUUGACUCUGUUUAGGAGGCUGUACUGAACCCACCCGGAGGUUCACUUUUGCUAUUACUGCCCUGCAAACUGCGUAACUGGACAAGGCUAAAAAGGUUUCUUUCACUGACAAGUUUUUGUGAUUUGGAACAAUAAAAAGAAGAUCAUACAUAAGACACCUGCCUUGCAAAGACAAACGCGGUUUUCUUAUAAGAGGAACUCUUCAGAGGUCUUCAAAAAUUAGCGGAAGAGGAUUUCCCUUUUCUAACCCUAUUUUCUUUGGCUACAGAACAAUCUUGAGGGAAGGGAAAUGGGAUAAUUAUAUAUAUGUGGUGAAUGAGUUGUUAUGUUAUGCUUAACAGUUUAAAAUUUGAUAAUAUUGAACCCUGUCACUGUCUUUGAAUAUUUCUUUUUAAACCCUACCUUCCAUUUUAUCUGGCAUUUGAAAACUUGUAUCUAUGCUUAACAUCUGAGUGAGAAGCCUGUUAGUGAUGUUCUGUCCUUGGUGGCUUGUCUGUACCAAAAGAAGGUAACACAUUGGCAAUUUGAAUGGCAAAAUAUCGUAAAUGUUGAGUUAUUAUUCUUUCACUUUUGAGCUGAAAUAAUUCAUAAUGGAACCUUCAGAUGUGGUAACAAAAAGGUCUGCGGAUAUACAGCGCUGUAAAUAACGCUCCAUCUAACCCAGGUUGUGGACAAGUGCACAUUGCUUUUUAGAUAACUGAGUUCAAAGACCAAAAAAAUGUUUAUAACAAAACAAACUCAUGCCUUAUAUGGAGAGUCAAUGUUAAGGUAAGAAGCACAUUUAGUUUCUGUGUUUGGUUUCCCUGCAAAGGUUGUAUUGCUUUUUAUAUUUCAAUAUUUCUACCAAGACAGAACAACAGACGCAUUCUCCAGAGUACGUGGUAAUGUAGCUUUUCCAUGUAAAUGCCAGUCACUCGUUCUGCAGGUACUUGUUUUGAUUUGGUGUUGUGAAACUUUUGAAUCACCAUUCACAGUGCACACCAGUACAUGCAUAAUGUAAUUGUUCUGCAAAAUCCUCCAAUGAGAUAAACUUUCAGUAAAUAAUAGAACAUGGUUGAAUUUAUGGUUUUAAAAGGUUUUCAGUGGUUCGGUUAGUCUCAGGUCUAUGAAACUUUUUUUUUUUUUUUUUGACAUAUGGGUCCAAUGUGAGCUGCAGUUACCACGGCAACUGGAGUUACAAGGUUUCUGCGGGGCGGUGAUGGUACACUUGAAAGCUGCAAACUUAACCAGGAUGAUACUUGAUAUGAUUUUACUUUUGCUUCACUAAUUUCUCACUGAAAGUUAGAAAACCUUGUAUGUCAUUAUCAACAGUUCUUCUGUGCUCAGCUUGCUUAAGUAAAAACAAAGUGAUUUAUCUAUCUGAGAGCCUUUUCCUUGUUUACAAAACUUUAACCCUCACUGUUACGUCUGUUAUAUAGCAUUAUUGCCAUAUUACCUCUUUGCCUGCAUGUUACAACGUUGUCUUUGGUCAAUUCAAAGACAUAUUGAUAAGAUUAGCUGUGAAGAUGGUGUCAUGGAAAAGUGCAAUGAUGAUGGCGGAUGUGGUCAGAGCUACAGUAAUAGUGGUAGUAAGGGGAGGGGGUGACACAAGACCGUCUCAUCUUACCACCACUAGCUGUUCAUUGUUCUAGUGUAAGCACAGUUUUUCACAUUUGCAUUUAUUUAUUUCAC